GUGAUUCAUCAUGAGUUGAAUAGCCACCUUCUGAAACUGUCAUUCAUAGGAUUGGAAUUAAAAUGUAUAAUUUGUGAAUGUGAACGAUUUCUUUUAAUGGAAGAGAUGGUUGUAAAUAUUUAUCUUUAUCAUGAUUAAUAUUAUUAUUAAAUAAUUGGAAUAUUAAUUUCCAUAAAUUAAUAUACAAUUAUCGAAAUCGACAAUGUAUUUAACUAAUGUGUUUUAUGCUAUGGUGUUUUGGGUUGAAGGCCUAGGUUUGAAUAUUAGGAGGUAACCUACAUUUUAUAGUUAGGUUAUCCUAGUAACAAUUUCUUGAAAUUGACCUAGCAUUCAAAUUUUGAAUAUAUAUUGGUACACUAGGGUCAUGUAUUCGACCAGAACUGCACCAAACAAAUAUCAAGAUUCAGUUCAAACAUUGGACAUGCCUAUCAGAAAAAAGAUUGUGUUGUAUAUACUUUUGUUGCUUCUUGUGUUACUUUGGUUCAUAGGUGUAAAAAAUAGAGAUCCAAACCAAUAUGAUAACAUGAAGAGGACAUUAGAGCUGUAUGAAUACCAGUUAAGAGAGUCAAAGGAGCACAUGGCCGAGACGAUGAAGAUGCUUGGUCGUAGGGACUGUGUGGUUUGGGAUGCGGAGCUACCAGUCAUCUACGCUAUCACACCAACUUUUGCGAGGCCUGUCCAGAAAGCAGAGCUUACCAGGCUGUCACACACUCUGAUGUUAGUCCAGAAUCUACACUGGAUUGUGGUUGAGGACUCUGACCACAAGACUGCUUUAGUUACUAACCUGUUGACUGACUCCCGACUUAACUUUACUCAUCUUAAUGAACCAACACCAGCAGAGUGGAAACACAAACCCAAGGAGCCGAACUGGGUAAAGCCACGUGGAGUGCUACAGCGAAACCGUGCCCUUGCCUGGCUCAGGGACAACCUCAAUCCUGACACUGACAGAGGAGUUGUUUACUUUGUGGACGAUGACAAUUCCUACAGCCUGCAGAUAUUCAGUGAGAUGAGGUUCACGAAGGAAGUGAGUGUGUGGCCAGUCGGACUGGUUGGAGGGCUGCUGGUGGAGAAACCAGUUGUCAAUGAAACAACAGGCCGAGUGGUGGGUUGGAACAGCCAGUGGAGACCUGAGCGGCCAUUCCCCAUUGACAUGGCAGGGUUCGCUAUCAACCUGCAACACCUCCUCAGACACCCACAGGUUAAGUUCCAGCUACAAGUGAAAGGGGGUUGGCAGGAGAGUGAGCUGUUGACACACUUAACUACCAAGGAGCGGCUGGAACCGUUAGCUGACGGCUGCACCAAGGUGUAUGUGUGGCAUACAAGAACUGAAGCUCCGAAACUAAAUAUGGAAGACAAACUGAUUGCAAAAGGAAAGCCUUCUAAUAAAGGAAUAGAAGUCUAGACUGUUUAUAACCAAACCACUCACAGAAAAACAGUUGAUAAGAACAGUUCUUUGUUAUAUUCUAAAGUUGUGUGAUAGUGGAAGUUUAUUUGUAAAAAAUUACUUGUGAAGUUGAUCAACAGUGUUUUAAUUUUAAAUAACUUUAUUAUAUUAAUAUGUAACUGUUGUAUUGUGUUAGUUAAGCUAUUUUUUAUCUCAAAAGUAUUUUUAAUUUUUAUAACGAGAACAAUAAUUGUUUCUAGACAUUUAAAAAUGGUGUGAUAGUGGAAUUUAAGUCAAUUUGUUAAAUAUGUGCUUGAGGAGUUGCAAAACAAUGUUUUAGUUUUAAGGAUUUGUGUUAUACGUGUUUGUAUCUGUUGUAUUUUAUUAGUUAAAACUUUAAAAAAAAUUUUAUUGAAAGUUUUGUAAAUCAUUAUAGUAACAGUUUUAUAGCUUCAUUGGUGCAUUAUGAUUUUACUUAAAUAAUACCACUAUAAUAAACAAUUAUAGUUUAAGAACCGAAUUGAUAUUGUAUAAAUGAUUUUAAUUGCUCUAUUUUUUAAGAUAUUACACAUUAUUACAAGAAAUUAAUUUAUAGACUAUCUAAGUUAUUUUGAAAUCAAUAUGUAGGUAAUUGGUAAAUUAAGUUUGUUGAAUCUCAAACCUUAACCUUCUACAUUUAAAAGGUUUUUUGUAUAUAAGAUAAUGAAUACCUAUAGACACUAUUUUUGUUUUUUUUUUUUUUUAAAUUGCUGUUACAACUCUUUUGUUCUGUCUUCUUACCCUACUUUCUGACUGAAAUACCAUUCCAAAUAGAGAUAAGAUAUCUUUUCAAUGUCUAAUUUAUUUUAUUUUUAACAAAGGUACAAUAAUAUUUCACACAAAAAUCUGCAAUAUUUUACCCUUUUAAAUGCACAUUAAUUUAUAAAAAUAAAUGCUUGUUUUAGUCUCUGUUGCAGGCCAUAUUUACGUAGUUGUUGAUCUUGCAAAUAUCUUUUACAGGUUUUAUGGCAUUAACUAUUUGAAUCUCGUAUUUGUAACUUGUAAAUUUGUAACUAGUUUGCUAAGGCUUCAAAGGUGCUAUAAACUAUAAGCUAGUUUUAUAUUUAGAAUUGUAACAGAAUGUUUUGGAAGAGAUGGAUGACUGUUACAACACAAGGGUAACGUAAUGUAAAGUAUACUCAUAGAAUAAACCAUGUAUUAGUUAUAGUUAUGUGUAUUAUUUUGUCUAUUUAAAAAACAGAACAUUCCUUUGGUGGUUAUAAAAGAGCCCAUCAGGAGAGGCAAAAUUCCUUAAAUCAAGUUUAUUUUUUAUUUAGACAGGAAAAGAAAUCAGAUGCUUGCGGUACAAUACAUUUAUGUAAGAAUUAUCCAGUUCUUGCCCAAGAAGCCACUAAUUUAAAGUGAUGACUCAUAUGAAGUGCUUUGAUUAAAAAUCUAUUGCUCUUGUGCCUGGAGCGAGUAAUGAGUUUAUCGCUGGUGAAGCUUAUUGGUCAGUGCUAAAAUGCCUUAAAACGUCUAGUUUCAAAUUCCAACUUUUUUAGGCAAUUGGCAGUCCUAAUAGUGAAUGGGAAACUAAGUUAUCCACAAUCUAGUGACACUAUUGGUAACAAACAAGUUUUGUAAUGUUGCACUAGAUAACACCAUAGAGUUAACAUGCAUUUAAAACUGUUAGAGAUAUUCUGCCAAUGGAACGUCUUUGUUAGUAAAAACUCGCUGUAGUUCAUCCGUUAUGGAGUUUGAAUUUAUUAUAAAGAGUUGAAAGUAAAAAUACUGGUCAAUCAGAUCAAGUGAUUUAACUGCUGAUGAUACAAAUUUUAAUCAACAGCUAUUAUAUUCAUUGCAGAGUGCCCUAUCAAAUAAACAUUGCUUAAAUUAUUACAGGGCUUUCUAUUAUAAAUACUGGGCGUGUAUUGUAUUGCUUAGUCUGUAUCAGGGAUGUUAAUUAUUUGUUAAUACUUCAGUCAUUAAGUUUUAUUGCUCUUGCCUAUGAAGAUCACUUUGGAGUUGAGAGUUAUUAUAUUUAGUGAUUAGUAAUAACCAAUACUCAGUAAUGAACUCUUAAAAAAAUCAGUAACUCAUGGAGAGAUUAUUUUUGAGGAGAUGGGAGAUAUUAUUUUACCAUAAUUUUAUUACUGUGCAACAUUGUGUUGGCACAGUUGUUCCAAAAACAGUAAAUGUUGCACACGAAUAAUUAUGUUUAUUCAAUAAAGAGUGAUAUACACACAAACUUAACUGUACAUUUUUUUAAUACUUAAUUUUAAUUCAUAUUAUAUAUGAAUUGAAAGUACAUGAUCUUUUCACUUUCCUAGUUUGAAUUCCAGUGUACUGAGUCGGUAUGUAUGUUGCUUCUAGAAUAAUGGUUUACUCCGAAAUCAAGAAACGUGAAUAACUCAUGUAUUGAUUUUUCAGAAAGAAAAAGAUAAACCAAACAAUAAUCAUGCAGAACAAUACAAACCAAAUUUUCCCUAAUAUUUAUAAAUUUUUAAGACUAAUUCUUUUGAGAAGUGUAUGAUAUUUUAAUACAACUUAUCUCUCCUUAUAAUGAAUUUUCAAUAUGGAUACAUAUAAAAAUAUUACCAGGAAAUCGCUUUGACAUAAUUAAAUUCAAGCCAUUGUUUUAAUACAAGUAAACCUACUGUAAAAGCUUCAAAAACAGAGGCCCAAAAUGGGUUUUAAGUGUGCCAUUUUUAUUUUAAAUAUCAAUCCAUGUCCUCGUGGCCAGGUGGACCUAUAGAACAUUCUCGUUAAUAAUGUGCUGCAAUAACAAAAACUUUUCUCAUGAAUGUUAAAAAUAUAAAACGUUUAAACUUUUAUGCCUCCCCUUUCAUCUUUUACUAUUCAGAUUCUUUACAAACACAAGAAAAGCUAUCCUUUAGAACACUGAUAUAUAACAAUUUCAAUUUGAUUAUGUUGAUAUUUUAAUCGACAUUUGUCCAGUUCUUUCAAACGUACUGUUUCUUUCUAGUCUUUCACUUAUUGUUUGUGGAGUCAAUUUCUUGCAUUUACCUAAUUGUAGGUUAAGUUUUCUUUGUUAUUUUUGUAUAAAAUGUUAUUACUGCCACAUUUUCCUCAAGCUAGCUUAUUUUUACUAUUGUUUGCCAUGACAAAAUAAUGUGAUAAAGGCAAGUCGGCCAUAGAUUGAUUAAGAAUUUCUUUAAUAAGGAUUGACACCAUUUCAUUGUAAACCAGCAUCUUGUAUAUUUUUAUGUAGAAUACGCCAUACAAUAAAGCUGAUUAGUUUUGAAAUGAGA